AUCGACCGCGCCAGCGUCGUGAAAAAAAGUCCACUCUCUUUCUCUGUCUCAACCCUAACUCUCUAGUUCUCCAGCUUUUACGCCCUCCUCAAAAUGCCUCUCGCCGUCGAUCUCCUUAACCCCUCUGCUGAGUCCGAGAAGAGGAAGCACAAACUCAAGCGACUUGUGCAGUCGCCAAACUCUUACUUCAUGGAUGUCAAAUGCCCCGGUUGCUUUGCCAUUACAACUGUUUUCUCGCAUGCCCAGACCGUUGUCCUUUGCGGUGCAUGCACCAGCGUUCUUUGCCAGCCGACCGGUGGUAAGGCGAGAUUGACUGAGGGAAGCUCAUACCGACGGAAGAACUAAGGGGUUUACAGUCGAUGUUAUUUGUACUUCCUUCGCAUCUGCAGCUUUCGUGGUCCUGGUUUUCGCAAUCAUCUAUUGCUUUCAUGACGCUCGCAUGGAUAUCGCACAUGGGGUAGUUUACAGCGGGCUACCUCCUUCACCCGACACCAAAAUGUCAAAAUGUUUCAUUCGCUGUCCCCAUGCCUUUUGUAUUUCUCGUCUAAGAGUAGGCUCUCCCGUACCAUUUACUCUGUAUGUGCAACAUAACAACCGUAUGCCUCUCAUACUGCUUUUUCUCAUCUAUCUUGUCCUAGCUUUAAACAUGAGGUGAAUUCUAAGUGUAUAUUAUAAGCCAGGAUAAGUAAUGUAAGUGUCCCAUAUCAC